AUGAAAGGGUUCGCAGCCGCCCUCCUCAUCUGGACUCUGCUGUCCCCCCAGAGAGCGGGCGGGGAGGCCUGGCCCACGCACACAGCCUGCAGGAACGGGAAUCUGCAAGUGCUCUACCAGAGCUGCGACCCAUUGCAAGAUUUUGGCUUUUCUGUCGACCAGUGUUCCAGACAAUUAAAACCAAAUCUCAACAUUAGAUUUGGAAUGGUUCUGAGGGAGGACAUCGAGCAGCUGUUUCUGGACAUCGCGCUCUUCAGUAAAGGAUUGUCCAUCCUGAAUUUCUCCUACCCCAUCUGUGAAGUGGAUCUACCCAAGUUUUCUUUCUGUGGAAGAAGGAAAGGAGAGCAGAUUUAUUAUGCCGGCCCUAUCAAUAAUCCUGGAUUUGAAAUUCCCAAGGGGGAUUACCAGGUCCUGCUGGGGCUCUACAACCAGGACCAUGCCACUGUGGCCUGCGCCAACGCCACCGUCCUCUAUUCCUGA